AGUGUGCAGAACGGGCAGCGCGGAUUGGUCUGUCGCUCCGCCACUCGGCGCCGAGCUGCAUCCUGAUUGGCCGAACCCGAGGAAUGCCCGGGGGCUCAUUGGUCGGCGAGCUCUCCGGCGUUCGGGCCCGUGGGGGACCAUAGAGAGGAGCGAGCGCGGCUACCCGCAGCCUGAACUUCCGGUUUGAAACUGCUCCCCCUCUUGCCCCCGCAUCUUUAUGGACACGCAGGAGAAGGAAACGGGCAUCCCCGAGAAAGAAGAGGAGGCCAAAUUAAAAGCCAAAUAUCCCAACAUAGGACUUCAGAAGCCGGGGGGUUCUGACUUCUUAAUGAAGAGGCUGCAGAAAGGGCAAAAGUACUUCGACUCUGGAGAUUACAACAUGGCCAAAGCCAAAAUCAAGAACAAGCAGCUGCCAACGGCGGGUACCGACAAGAACCUGGUGACCGGCGACCACAUCCCCACCCCACAGGAUCUGCCCCAGAGAAAAUCGUCCCUCGUCACCAGCAAGCUGGCAGGGUAACCUGCUCUCCUGAUGGAAUUUCUCUCUCUUUCUCUCUCUUUCUCUCCCCCUCUCUCUCUAUUUUUUUUUCCAUUUGGGGCUUUGGGGAAUUGGGUUGUGUUUCCCCCCACCCCGUUAUCAGACUGAACUGAACUCUGCUGUACCCUAGAGCUGGGACCCACAGAACCUCCACUGUGGUGGAUCUCUUUGUAGUAAUCAAAACCAGAAGCCAAGACAUGGACUUGUGUGCCGUUCUGGUGUGUGUUUUCUCGCCACUGCGAGCGGGCAGGCUGUGCAGCAUGGAUUCUCUGGGGGGCGGAGGGGGGGGAGCGGGACCCUGAAACGCGCUUUGCUUUAGAUCGUCAACGCUCUGUCCUGUCCAUUAAUCCUUCAUCGCCAGCUCGGAGGGGGCAGGAAGUCUGCACAGAAAAGCCGAAAGAGGCAGAGUGCAGAGUUAAAAGUUAAGACAGCCGUGUCUUAACAUUUCCGGGAAACCUGCUCCAUACACUUAGGACAACGAGACCCAUCAGUGGCAACCACGGGCUGCGUAGCCUCCAGCGAUCCGAAACGCCCAUGAGCCUCCUCCAUCCUGCGGGAAGAGGGCUUUGCGGGCAGAACCUCGGCAACUCUGUGUUGUGUUUUUUACUUCUAGAAAACUGGCUGAAGGGAGAGUGGGGCUCUUUAAAGGUCUUGGAGAAGCCGUUUUGCAAGGCUUGGAGCUUGCAGGCAAAAAGUCUUCCAAAGUUAGAAGGUUUUUCUGGGAAUCUUGUCCGAGGCCGACUGCCAGGUCCAACCUCCCCUGUAUCUGCAGAAACUCUGAACAUCUGCCCCACCCCCCACCCCCCAGCUGAUAGGAACCAGGCAGUGAGUCAGACAAGACGUCCCGUGCCUCAAGUCGAGGCACUCAGCUGGAUUGAAGGGUCUCCCCUUCCCCUCUGCUGUUUGGCAUGGCCCCCAGGGCACAUUGGCAUGGAUCUUCGACGUAGCGUAAAGGUGCCUGCGUGGAGCCCGUUCAAAGAGAGAUGCGGGAUGUAAAAUCCUCUUAGGCGGGAAAAAGAGAUCUUAUGGGAUCGUCUUGGGGAUGGAUCAUGCAAAGGGUGGCGUUUGUCCGGUGUUGGCCAGGAGCUGUCGGGUGGGCCCUGCUCGCUCUUCCCUGCCAACGGCCGAGCCCAGCGCUACGAUAUUGGCCAAGGCGGGCUGGUCUUGUCUCAAGGACGGACCCUUGGGAGUCUUAGAGACAGGGGGUGGCCAGUGGAUGAGGGGUCAGGCAGGAAGGGCUGACACCGUGGGGAGCAAAGGAGCCCUGAAUUCUGAAUUGAAGGUGCCGAAGGAUGACCGGAUGUUCAGCCUAGUGAAACAUCCCAGCUUGAUUCACGGUGGGGUGACCUUCUUUCCCCCCCUUAGAAAGCAAGGCUGUCCAAUUUUAGCCACUUUAAGGCGUGUGGACUUCAACUUCCAGAAUUCCCCGGCCAGCGCUGGGAUUCUGGGAGUUGAAGUCCACACACGUCUUAAAAGGAGCCAAAGGUUGGAUGUCCCUAAUUUAAGGAUGAUUCCAACAGUAUGUUUUAACCUCGAUCAAUAGAAUAAGUAGAGAAACUUAACCACUUUGAAUUGGGAGCUGUCCAGAGUUACUGAUUUAAGAUAGGCGGCUCCAGAAACUGAAGGAAUGAAUGAAUCGAUCGAUUGAUCGAUAAAACGUUAAGCAGGAUCCCCUUGGCAGCCCAAGGAAAGCACGGCCCCUCGCCCAGAGCCCCCCGCCCUUUGAAAUUCUGGGAGCUUCUCCAGGGGGCUCUCCCAAGAGCCCGUGGUUACGGAGAGCCCACUUUGGCGGGGCCGGCCUGGCGGUUUCCAGGAAGGUUGUGAGAAGAGAGUUGGAAGAUUUCAGGAGUCCCCUGUGGUCUGCUGGCUGACCUUCCCACUCUCUGUCCUCCGUCUGUGUUCCUUGCUUUGCCCCCGAAAGAGAACAAAACCCUGUAUUUGGGAAUUGAGUGCGUCCCCUCUCUGCAGCAGCGCUUGGCGGGUGCAACAGCUUAACAGGAGGGUGCCCCCUGGCCAGCCCCCCCUUCCCCCCGUCCUGCUGGGUGCUUCAUGGGGCCCCAGGAGACGUGUCAGUGGGGGCAUCGACCCGGCCACUGCCUGGUGGAACGUCCUCCAUCACCCCAGCUUUACUAGCUGGCUUAAUGUUGGCCAGAAGUAGGGCCUCUGUUUCCCCCCAUUUAUCCCCAAAGACUGUGGUGCUUCGAGACCCCCGAAGCCGUAGAGCCUUGCCCGCCGAGCCUGCCCUCUGUCCCAGCCGUACUGUAAAUAGACCCGAGUCAUAUAUAUAUAUAUAAAUAUAUAUAUAUAUACACACACAUAUAUAUAUAUAUAUAAUUUUUUUACAUUGUCUUCAUCCUUAUCUUCUGGUGCUUGCGUUUUUCUAAAAAAAAAAAAAUUGCAAAAAAAAGACACCGCCCCUCCAAAGUAUGAACGUGCGCACAUAAUUCUCUCUCUCUCUCUCUCUCUCUCUCUUUCUCUCUCUCCAAACUUCCAAAUCACGGGUGCCCCCCACUGCUCUCCCGUUUGUCCUUCCCGCAAACCAGCUUGGUGCUUCAAAGCUGCUGCUUUUAAAAAAAAAAGGGGGUGGGGGGGGAAAGGGAAUUGUGUUUUCUGGCUUUUGGCGACCAGCAAUUCCGGGUGGUGGGGCUGUGACAAAGAAAGGAAGAAAGGGGUAAAGGAGCCAGGUGUGAACAUCAGAGUGACAAACUUUUAACAAUAAAAUAACCCUUGUUUCAA